AUGGGGCAACGCCCUCACCAAGGCCUCAACGACGCGCGGGCCGCCCCCAAAGCCGCCGCAACGUCCGGCCCCGAUCGCAUCGCACUCGCAUUCUCCGCGUCCCCGUCUACCAUGCAAAAGCGGACGCUCCGUUCGUCGGUCUUCGGAGGGCGAGCGCGGAGGGCGAGCGUCGCGAGAUCCGCGAUCCCCGUGGUGAACGACGCGGUGGGAAGCCCGACGAUGAGGUUGUGCAGCGCGUCGCUGGUUACGUUUGCGAGGGCGCGCAAGACCGCUAGAAAGCCCGCGGUGGUGCUGAUAUGCAUCAAGAUCUCGAGGUCUGCCGUCCCGUGCAGUUCGGAAACGGAGGGCGCGUCUACGGCGGUGAUGCGGCUCACAGUGGAACAAGCAGAUGUCUUCGUCCAGGGGAAGAUCAUCUGGACUGCAAGUCCCCACGAAAGCAUCCUCGCCGUCUCGACAUCCACCUCUGUCACCACGCUCUGCCUGAUAUGCUGCACCCUGCCCUCCUUUUCACCCCUCCGUCGCACCAUUACCACCAUCCCGACCUUGUAUACCUUCCAUGUCCGAGGCCUCCGAUUUGCUGUGUCUUCGGCGGACACUGAGUAUGGAUAUCCUGAGGCAUCCACAGCACUGCAGAACUUCGAAAUACACAUCGAUUCGGAGUCCGAUGAGUUGGGCUUUGCAAGACGAUUGCUGAAGUGGCUCGCUGCCACACCAACACGGAGCUCCAUCACCAUUCGCGUCCUCAUGAAGCAGCUCAGGUGGCCGAUUUGCCUCCCUCCUAGGCUGAUUCGAUCGUCCGCCAUUGAUGAUCUCCUACGCGUAUCUGGCGCAAUCCCUGGCAGACAUUUCUCCUGGAAGACCUUUGACUCCGGCCUCCAGCACUUGCAAGAUCUCACACUCUGUCUAACAAACGGCGAUGUAGAAGACCUACUGGCGCUCGUACGCACACUCGGAGACGGGUACAUCCCAGAGCUGCGCAAGCUCACACUCGCCCUCCCUCAAGUAGCGCUCUCUCGCGCCAUCGAGUCCCUCACGACGCUCGCGGAACUGGCCAGGUUGAUCGGGCGCAGUCGUUAUGCCGGCUUAGAGACGAUGACGUUUGCCCUGAUCGUCGAGGACUGCGAGGAGAGCAACGGAGCCACCCCGACCGCGAUCGUGGCGGCACAACACGUCUUCGAUGCGCUGGCGAGAGUGCGGGCGGACUUCAUCAUUCGGGCGACCGUGAUGGUAUCCCUCGCGAACAACAUCCACCCUUUCGUCCCGCUCUGGUCCAGGGCCGUGCCAUUCGAAGACCCUCACGCCAACGCCCCCACGCGGUCGUUUCCCUGUGUCCCUCUGGAGAUCUCGGACAUGAUCAUCCGAUGCCUCAGUCCGUACUUAGACGCAACGACGCUUCUUCACUGCGCCCUCGUCUCAAACAGUUGGUUUCCUGCAAGUAGGCAUGCUCUCCAGUCGGCCCGGGGACCGUUGGAGUUCACAAUCAAGGAGGCCUAUUCAUUUUUCACCCGUGUCGCUCCUACAUCGUCGUCAACUUCACUUUUGCGAACAUCGGAAAUUUCCGUGGAGGCAGACAGCAAUGGAGAGAACCACUCGUCAUCCUGGAACACGGUGCUCGCCCGCAUGGCACGCUGCGUCCCCAACCUUCGUACAUUGCACAUGGAAGGUCUCGCCUUUGACUCCAGAAUUCAAGCGCAGCACGCAGCCGCAUGUCUCUCAGCCUUCACCCAUCUAACAACGCUGGAGCUACAGGACAGCAAAUUUCCGUCGUUCACGCUCUUCCGUCUUCUGCGCACGGCUGCCCUUUCAAAACUUCUGCCAUUCGUCGGCAGCUUCUACUUUGUACAUCACACUCACACCGACCCAUCGUUCCUGUCUAGCUUGCGAAUCGCGCACUAUGUCGACCUCAAUUUUCCAGCAGCCACGACCGAGACUCUCCUUGCGAUCGCGGACGGAAUAGUGCGAGCGAACAGCACCCAUCUGUACUUCAUACAGUUGUCGUUGCCGCUCGUCGUCCUCACGAGUGCGUCGGCCGCGGACAUCGCCACCCUCGCAGGGCUCACGUCCGGCGCUGCAUUCGCACGCGUAGAGUUGGCGUAUUUCACUUUCCGCAUGGAGAACCCAGUGUCGGAGGAAGACGCCGUCUUGGAACCCAAAGCCGCGGCCGCAUUGGGGACGCAUGUGGCGGAGAUCGUGGGCAGCGCGUGGCCCCCCGGCAGUAGACAGGCGGACGUGCAGAUUUUGAUCUGUAGCGCCCGCAAAUCGGAACAUGUAUGGAAGGGAAUUUCACGAGCAGAACCUGCCAAGACGACAGAGCCUGCUCGCGGCGGCAUGAGCACAUCCGAUUCUCCGUAG